AUGAACGACUUCCCAGGCGCCCUGCCCAGCAGCGAGCGGUCGAGCAAAGUUGCGCUGUACGCGAUCCUGAUUUAUAAGCACGAUGCGUCCAAACCAGUGUUCCUCUCCGCGGCAGUGGACUUGUCGUCCUUCCCCUUCUUUCAUCGCUCCUCGCUGAAGGAGCACAUAUUUUUCCACUCGAGGUUGGUAUGCAGCAGGACCCCCAAAGGUAACAGAGAAGUCAUCGAACUGGAGUCAGGAAUAGGACAUCUCCAUGUCUACACCAAUAAGGAUACCAAUGUCAGCGUGCUAGUCCUGUCGACAAAGACAUAUCCCCUACGAAUAGCAUUUGGCCUCAUUGACACAGCGCACCGAAUCUUCCAGCAAAAGUGUAGGACUAAAUAUGAGCAUGUAACGCAGGAUUUAACGGAGGGGGCUCUAUUCUCCACCGAAUUGCUGGACCUUUUAAGAAAGUAUCAAAAUCCGUCGGAGGCGGACAAAUUGUCCAGGGUACAGAAAGAUCUGGAUGAAGUAAAAGACGUGAUGUUGAAAAACAUUGACGAUUUAUUACAGCGGGGGGAGAAGCUGGAUGAUCUCAUGAAGAAAAGUCAGGACUUGUCCAAUUCUUCCUAUCAGUUUUACAGGCAAGCUAAGAAGAACAACCAAUGCUGCAAACUAUACUGA